AUGGUUGCUGCAACAAACUUCUGGAAUCCUGUUGGAUGGGACCUUGGGGCCCUUGUCGUUGACGCGCGUGAGACAGCACCUCAGACUAUCACCUGGGAUUGUUACAAGCCUAUUAUACACGAAGAUGCGGGCACACCAACUGAGCUAAUGCUGCUAGCCGCGCUGGUUACUCGCCCGAUGGUCGUUCGAGUUUUCUCCUGUGGAUUUUCACGCGAUGUCGAGAGCGCAGUUGAGAUCACAACAAAAACCACGUCUGCCUAUCUCCCUGAUCUAGAGAUAGAGAAUGCUGUUGUCGAACUGUACCUACUACGGGGCGUCAUGUUACCUUGGGGCGCAAUUGCAUAUCAUGCGGACAGGAUGGAGGAAUGA